AUUUGUACAGUAAUUCCUCUUUUUGGCUCAAGCCAGCUCGAGUUGGUCGCUUUCCUUUGCAACCAAAGAGUAUAUUGAGUACUAGUAAGAGCUCUAAACCGGGGGGCCAUAUCGCUCUUCAUCUUCUUCAACUUUUGAGAUGGGAAUGGGGCACGGUUAAUAGUUACACUGGGCCUACAGGUAUAAACUGGGGUGCUCCAGGCAGACCAGGCCAUCCGGUCACCCUGUGUGUAAGUUAAAAACAUGCAGGCCACUUUCAUCCCCCUUCGCCCUCAGGCAGUCCUGGAGGGCUGGUGAGGCAGGGCAGGCUGUUGUCUCUCCCAGAUAAAGCAGGAAGCUCGUCCAAGGUGGGGUGGCGGGCAGCGUUCUCCCGCCUGGCUGACGCGAGGCCAGGAAACCGAUCCUGGCUGCCCUGGCUGCGGGAGAGAGGUCACGGCCGCAUCCCCCUUCCUUUCUUCUUGAUGGAUGAAAGGCCGGUUCUUUGACAUGUGGACUGCCCAAGGCCAGGGGGGACUGGUGCCCCUCCAGGAUACGUGGGCGGUGCAGUGGGCAGGGAGCCGAGGGAAGGAGUCAGAGCAGCAAGAUGGGUGCAGGGGCCGCCGACACUAUAAGUGGCCCAGCCAGGGCCUUGCCCGGGGCUCUGGCCAUGUUCCUCCUCGGGCUUCUGCUGCUGACCGUGCUGGCUGGCGCCCGCCUGCUGUGGCACAAGUGGAAGCUCCGCAGCCUCCACCUCCCGCCUCUUGUGCCCGGCUUCCUGCACCUGCUGCGGCCCAACCUUCCCCUCUACCUGCUGGGUCUGACCCAGAAACUGGGGCCUGUCUACAGGCUCCGCCUGGGGCUGAGAGAUGUGGUGGUGCUGAACUCCAAGAGGACCAUUGAGGAAGCCAUGAUCAGGAAAUGGGUGGACUUUGCCGGCAGACCCCAGACAGCGUCCUAUAAGCUGGUGUCUCAGCACUACCAGGACCUCUCCCUCGGGGACUACUCCCUGCUCUGGAAGGCUCACAAGAAACUCACCCGCUCAGCCCUGCUGCUGGGCCUCUUCGACUCCACGGAGGGGAUGGUGGAGCAGCUGACCCAGGAGUUCUGUGAGCGCAUGAGAGCCCAGGCCGGCACCCCUGUGGCCAUCCAGAAGGAGUUCUCUCUCCUCACCUGCACCAUCAUCUGUCACCUCACCUUUGGAGACCAGGAGGACACCUUAGUACAUGCCUUUCAUGACUGUGUCCAGGACUUGAUGAAAACCUGGGAGCACUGGUCUGUCCAAAUCUUGGACAUUGUUCCCUUUCUCAGGUUCUUCCCCAAUCCAGGCCUCCGCAGGCUGAAGCAGGCCUUGGAGAACAGGGACCACAUGGUAGAGAAGCAGCUGAGGCAGCACAAGGAGAGCAUGGUGGCAGGCCAGUGGAAGGACAUGACUGACUAUAUGCUCCAACGAGUGGGCAAGCCAAGAGCAGGGGAGGGCUGCGGACAGCUCCUUGAAGGACACGUGCAUAUGUCUGUGGUGGACCUGUUCAUUGGUGGCACUGAGACCACGGCGACCACCCUCUCCUGGGCCGUGGCCUUCUUGCUUCACCACCCUGAGAUUCAGCAGAGACUGCAGGAAGAGCUGGAUCGUGAGCUGGGCCCUGGAGCGUCAGGCUCCCGAGUCCCAUACAGAGACCCCGCACGGCUGCCCUUGCUCACGGCCACCAUCGCCGAGGUGCUGCGCCUGCGGCCCGUCGUGCCCCUGGCCUUGCCGCACCGUGCCACGCGGCCUAGCAGCAUCUUGGGCUACGACAUCCCCGAGGGCACGGUUGUCAUCCCCAACCUGCAAGGCGCCCACUUAGACGAGACGGUCUGGGAGCGGCCACACGAGUUCCGGCCGGAUCGCUUCCUGGCCCCCGGCGCCCGCCCCAGAGUGCUGGCCUUCGGCUGCGGGGCCCGCGUGUGCCUGGGGGAGCCGCUGGCGCGCCUGGAGCUGCGCGUGGUGCUGGCGCAGCUGCUGCGGGCCUUCACGCUGCUGCCGCCCACCGGCGCCCUGCCCUCCCUGCAGCCCCGGGCCCGCGGCGGCGUCAACCUCACCGUGCGGCCUUUCCAGGUGCGGCUGCAGCCCCGGGGCGCAGGGGCCCGGGCGCCGGGCCAGCACCCGUGA